AGUGCAGUGGUUACCUACAUAGAGGGCAGCAGAAACGAGCGACCAUAGACACCUCGCCAUUCAGCCGUAGAUCGCAUCGGUGCAUCCAUAAGAUGAUACACUAUUAGUUUAGCUGUGCUGCUGCUUGGAGGAUUCCGGAGUAAAGUAACUCCAGUGCCUCAACCUCAACCGAUAUUCCAGGGCUGGUGCUGGACUGGACAACAGAUGACGAACAUGACAGGAAACAAGAAAGGCAAGAAGGUCAUCAAUGCGUACGCCAAUUAUAAUGCGUUACCUCGCCCAAGCAGCAGUGGUUACGUUGCAGGGUCCUCCCGCACCAGACAAAAGCGUCCUGCAGGAGAUACCGAGAAUGGGCCGUCGAAGAAACCCAAGCCAUGCGCGGCUGAGUUGCCGUUCCUGCGCCGACUCCGCAAGAAACUCGCCCCUGGGUCGCGGCCCAGAUUACGGGGCUAUCCUCUGUAUCCGGAUGAAGCUGAAGGGAAAGAGCCAGAGAAAGAGCAACCCAACGAAAUGACUACCAUAGAAGAGGUUGAUGCACCGACUCCAGUGGAACUGCCCACGGGCAGCCUUCAAUUAGAUGAGGACAACUUACCUAUGUCGUCUUUCAGUACCCCGGCCUUAAAACUACGGGACACGUCUACGCCUAAAACUACAGUCGAUCUAUUCAAAUAUUCCAAUCCUGAAAUAGUGUCGAGUGACCCACUUCAAGAGUGUCUGGAGGAGACACCUUCGAAAUACACCUUUAAAACUCCCGAAAAUACUACUGUGUCAAAAGACGUGCAAUGUUCUGACGGCUGGGUUAAAAUUCAACCUGAAGCCAACAAUUGCACUGUGUCUUUGACAGACAUCUCAGAAACGGAUGCUGAUUGGAAAUGCGAAGAUUGCUGGAUCUCUAAUAAGAGUACUGUAGACAAAUGUGCGCUCUGUGGCGCGGCCCGGCUCGGCGUCAAACAAAACAAUCCCGCUAAUGUGACGUACAGUAAGACGUCGUCGUUCUUCGGAUCUAGUGACGAUAAAUCCAAAACGUUUAUUCAAUCUCCAAAGUCAAAUAAAUGGGAAUGUUCCAGCUGUUUAGUCAACGAUGAGAGUGAUAAAGAUAAAUGCGCAUGCUGUGGAGCAGCAAAAGAAAGCAAAAAUGAAACGCCAAAAGUAGAGGAUCCAGAGGCUACCAUCGCACAAAAAGAAGAAGAAGUUAAUACAACGAUAGAAUCUAACGCCAAACAACAAUCUGGAACAAACAAUGUAUUAGCUGAGACCCCAACAUUCACAUUUACUUUACCCACUAAACAGGUGGAUACAAAAGCUGAUGAUUCCAAAGGCCAGUUAACUGAGGCUAAAAUUAAUUUAACAUUCGUUAUACCGAAAGCAAUUCCUACAGAUACAGACUCCAAGGACCCCGCAUCUUUCUUGAUGUCUGUACCUGUCGGAAUUGUUUUCUAUUUUGGAGAAAAUGCGCAAAAAGUUCCAUCAGUUGACUUAAAUUCUCUAGUCACAGACAAUGAAAACAGGACCUUACCACCUGCUGUAAACUCACUCAACCCGCUAGCAGCUGAUGCGGUCAAUUCGGUGCCUUCACGGGUUGUGCCCGAUGCAGAGAAGCCAAAACCAACCUUCUCAUUUGUUGUAAAUGCUCCCAAGCUGAACUUGUUAACGCAGCAAACACAAUCCACUACUGAGACGACUACCAGUGCCCCAACGUUACCCCUGUUUAAGCCGCCUGCCGCCACUACCGUGUCGAACCCAUCCAUACCUUCUUGUGAGGCGCCCUCCUUGACGCAACCGGCGGCGCCUGAAUUCAACUUUGAUACACCCCAGUCGACUAGCAUUUUUGGAUUUAGACAGCAGGCUCCGCUUCAGCAGCAGCAGAUGCAGCCGGCGCCCCUGCAGAGCCAGCUGCCGGCCGGCCGGCGCCUGCGCAAGGCCUUUCGCAGAAUCCCGCAACGAUGUAACGAUGUAAGUUACAUCGCCUGUAGCACUAUAUGGACCGGAUUCAGUAGAUAAGUGUCCUCAUUUAAACUUAGUCCCACAAGUGUGUGUCAAGUGCAGUCACAAUCACAGGGGUUUACCUAAAGAAAAUUAAAUAUCAUAUUUGUAUCUAUUUUUGUUAGAUUUAAAUAUCAUUUGCAUGCAAUUUCAUUACAUUCAAUUUUGUUUUUUGUUUUUUUAAAUUUUUGUAUUUAUUAAUUAGGAAUCACGGAUUAUUUGUAAAUCAUUGUUGCUAUUUAAUGCUAACCGUCAAUUGUACAAAGCUCCAAUAAAGUUAAAGCUUCUUUAAAUCUAUUGCGGCUUUUUUCUUUGUCAACUACAUAAAAGUGGCAGUAAUGGGGAGGUUACUGCCACUUUAGAGACAUUUAAUGGUUACUUAAGCCAUUCCUUAGUGAAGCAUUUGUAUGACAUUCCGUCACUAAGGAGUGACUUAAGUAAUCAUUAAAUGUCUCUGAGUGGGGAGGUUAAUGAAGCUCUAACUUUAAUGGAGCUUUGUGCAACUGACGGUAAGUAACCUAUGAACAGGAAUCAUGAAGUAUUCAAAUCCCGUUAAUUAACAACAAUGAAAAGGAAAUGCAUGGUAAAUAAAAUAUUAAUAUAUAUUUUCGAGUUAAAUAUUUACGGACGGCAAAUUAUUGUGAUGAAUGCUGUAAGAUUAUAUAUUUUUUUCAUAUAUUGUUUUAGGUAGUAACAUCAAUAAGCACUUAUUAUAUUUUUUUAUAAUGAUUUUUGUUUAAAACAAAGUUUAUGGUCAUACAAUUAUAAAUCGUUAUACAUAAAUAAACUGUGAACAUAUUUGCUUACAAAUAAAAAUACCUUAUUAGGCUGGCUAAUGUAUUUAAAAGUUGUAUGUUAUUGUAAACACGAAAUAAAAAUAGAAAAAUAUCAAACAAGUAUAUAGUUUGUGUGUAACAAUAGUAUUAAGUUACUUUCUAGUCUUAACCAAUGCGUUUACGUUGUUGCAUGUUAUUAAGAUACAUCAAACAAUAUACCUACAACUUUUUAUUCAGCGCUAAUAGUAAUGUUUGCGUCGAGUUUUAAAUCGUUUUUAAUUUCGUGACAUAUAACGUUUAGAUGCAUGCAAGCAAGAACAAGCUAGGCAAAACAUUGUACCAGGCGAGGAACCAGAAUUUAUAUCUAGAAUAAUAUCUCUUGCUGUAACAUAUUUUUAAUCAGAAUUGAAGUCAAAGUCAAAGUAUAUGUUUGAAUGUUAUAGAACACUGUUCCUAAUGUCUUGUUUAGAGCAAUAUAGUUUUGAUGCCAUAUACAGGGUGGCCCAUCCAUAGGCGUCCAAAAGAAAAAUUUAGUUCUAUGCUAUGGGGUAUCCGAAUCACCCCCAUGUAUGUUCAGCGAUUUUUUGUACUUUAGGAGCUAGAAUUAUUUUUU